AUGUUAACAUUUCUUUUGAUGCUUUUUCUACCCUUUAGGACAGGUAUGUCUGCUGUAGUUCAAACCGAUGACCUGAAGACAUUUUCUGCAGGUGAAAAUAUAACUUUAGAGUGCACUAUAUCUCAAAGCCAUGAAAACUACUUCUCCUGGUUCAAGCAAACUCUAGGGGAAGCUCCGGUGUGCAUCCUUAGUCUGUAUGCUGAUACUUCAACAGCAACAUUUUUUGGAGACUUCAAGAAGGACAAAAGAUUAACAACUCAAAAGAGAGGGACCCUUUUUGCUUUAAUUAUACAAGAUGCAAAGCCAUCAGAUACUGGAAUCUAUUACUGUGGUGCUCGUGGCUAUGAUCUUAUCAUCUUCAGUAAUGGACUGUUUUUGAAUUAUGAAGGAACAAAUAUAAGACAGCAUCAUUAUAUUGGGCAAUCUUUGUCUGGAUUGGGCUCAGGUACUCAAAAUUAUCAUGAUUUUAACCCAAGAGACUUAGUAAAUUUGCAUUGUUCUGUCCAUACUACGACAUGUGUUGGGAAUCAGAAUGUCUACUGGUUUAGACAUAAACUUGGAGACACUCAUCCUGGAAUUGUUUACACGCAUGGAAACAAAAACGAUCAAUGUCAAAAAAGCUCUCAGAAAGAUUCCCAUAACCAGACUUGUAUGUACAGUCUCCCCAAGAGGAACCUCAAUUUAACUGAUGCUGGUACUUACUACUGUGCUGUGGCCACAUGUGGAGAAAUACUGUUUGGGAAUGGAAGUAGGCUUGAAAUUGGAGAUACUGAGUCCACCUGGUCUGACUUAAAAGUCCCAUCUUUGGCAGCAUCAAAUAUAUUAUGCUUGGUGAUCAUCGCUGUCCUUUUAUAUAAAAGAAUGGCAAAAAGAAAAGAAAUAGUUUCUGACACUGCCCUAGAUACACCGCUGUCUGUGUCUCCUGCUAAUGAGGGUGUGCCAGAGGAGUUAAGCUAUGCUGCAGUGAGUUUCUCUGGGAGGAAAUUUAACAGAAACGAGAGUGAACGAAGCACAGACACACAUAGUGAACAAUUCGGAAGGAAGGAAAAAACAUUGUGUGUCAACACAAGGACUAACCAAAACUUCACCCACAAUCUUAAAUAUUAUAACAAUGAUCACAGCAGCUAAACACCUUCUACAGACAUUAGGAUGUGCUUUGUGUA